AUGAGCACACACGGGCUGUAUCACCAAGUCCGCUGGACGACGGCUACACUAUCCGAAAAACCGAUACAGUUUGGAAAAGUAGUCUUCCUCGCUGGCGAAGGGGAGCAUGACAAAAUCUUGUCAGCAUACCAAAGCCAACUUGCCGAAGAGGGCCACAAAACAGCCAUUGCCAGAGACGUUGAGCAGAUAGCGUCAUUGUUAACGCCUGAUGCAAUUGUCGUUCAUCUUCCUCAGGCGGUGAAUGACAAGUACGGGGUCUAUGAGGCGGCGACUAAAUCGUGCACCAGCCUCAUUGCUGCUGCACAGAUGCUGCAACACACCCAGGCCAACGGAGACACGGCUCAUAAGCUGUUUUCAGUCAUCACCAAAGAUUCUGGUAUCAGUGAACUGAGUUACGCCCCUCUCUACGGACUGGCACGCGCAAUGAAGAUGGAAAUACCAGAUCUCUUUGGCGGACUGAUCGAGGAAGACGAAGGACGCUUUCCGCUUUCCGCUAUAAAAUAUGCCCAGGGCUUCGAUGUCGUCCAAGUAUCCAAUGGAGUGGCGCAUACUGCGAGGCUCCAACCGUUCCAGGACAUUGAGACAAAAGGAGCCGGUAUAAAGCCAAGUCUUGAUCCCAAGGGCACAUACCUGAUCACGGGCGGGACCCGAGGCAUAGGUUUGGAGACUGCGACUUGGAUGGGGGAGAGAGGGGCUCGCAACAUUGUGCUGGUGUCCCGUCGUGGCUUGCCUGUUCUCAACAACGAAGAGAAAGAUGCUGAUACCGACGCAUUGGCCAAACGGAUUGAUCAUCUCCGAACCUUAGGGGCUAUUGUACAUGUGCUGGCCAUUGACAUCAGCAAGCCGGAUGCAGACCUGACUCUGCGGCAAGCCUUAGACAACUUAGCCCUGCCUCCUGUAAAGGGUGUUAUUCACACAGCCGGUGUCGCGGGAUACCGCACUUUGGAGCGUUGUACUCCCUCCGAGGUGGACAACGAUAUAGCGCCCAAAGUGAUGGGCGCCCUCCAUCUGGACAAGUUAUUUCCACCCGGCACAUUGGAUUUCUUCAUCCUGACAUCCUCUGUUGGACAACUGGUUGGAUUCCCCGGCCAGUUGUCUUACGCCCCGUCAAACUCGUUCUUGGAGGGAUUAGCUGCACGGAGGAGACGUCAGGGAGACAACAGCACGUCUAUCCAGUGGACUUGCUGGGAUGGCGUUGGCAUGAUGGCUCAAAGCAAGUCGGCUACACGUAUGAUCACUACGGGAAUGCAAGCCAAAGGCCUUGCAAUCAUCAGCAAAGAGGAGGCCCUGGCGGCCUUGGAUGGCAUCUUUAGCCUCAAAUCUGACCAUGUGGCCGUGGUACGAGUGUUGGAGCUCAAGAAAGGAGACCCGCCAAGGCAUCCAGUGCUAUGGGAUAUCACACCCCGAACAGGAGACGAAAAAAUCACACCAACAAGUUAUCCUAAGCAUGCAGUGGCCAUAGUGGGCAUGGCCUGCCGGACAGCGGCCGGAGACACCGCAGACGACCUUUGGCAGGCGAUAUCGUCAGGUAAGAGCAUGUUCCGCGACUUGGACCCGAAGCGGUUUCCCGACGCAGCCAGUAAAAGCGAGAAGAUGGUGGGCAAUUUCUUGCGAGACACCGAAUCAUUCGACCAUCAGUUCUUCAAGAAGUCAAAGCGCGAAUCUGCCGCCCUCGAUCCACACCAACGCCUGUUGCUCGAAACCACUUACCACGCCCUCGAAUCAGCCGGCUGCUUUGGAGAAGAUCAGCAACAGGAGGCAGAGACACACGAUGUGGCCGAUGGUGGCGAAAUCACCGGCUGCUUCAUCGGCAUGAACGCGCCAGACUACCCUCUGAAUCUAGCUUGCAACCCAUCGUCGCCGUAUACGGGCUUCGGCAUGCUCCGCUCUUUUGUUGCCGGUCGAUUGAGUCACCAUUUCGGCUGGACAGGACCCUCUCAGACUAUUGACACGGCCUGCUCGUCGGCCAUGGUUGCCAUACACCAGGCCUGCCGGGCGAUCCAGGUCGGCGAGUGCACACGGGCUAUCGCAGGAGGUGCCAAUCUGAUCACCAACACUGCCUUGUUUGACGCCCUCCGCACAGGCGGGUUCCUCAGCAAGACUGGUCCGUGCAAGACAUUCGAUGCUCGCGCGGACGGAUACUGCCGUGGUGAGGCUGUCGGUGUUCUGGUGUUGAAGCCAGUGGCCAGGGCGAUCCGGGACGGCGACGACAUUCACGCCGUAUUGUUGUCCACUGGUAACAAUCAGAACAUAAACAACACUAGCAUCACAAAUCCCGUUUUGAAGAGUCAGAAGGCACUAUUCAGAGACGUGCUGCUGCGCGCUGGAGUCAGUCCAGCGGCCGUGUCGUAUGUCGAGGCCCAUGGCACGGGAACACGCGCUGGCGACCCCGUCGAGGUUGAGGCGAUCCGGCAGGUCCUUGGUGGUCCAGAUCGGCGCAACACCUUGCACGUCGGCGCUGUGAAGCCCAAUGUCGGCCAUUCUGAGGGUGCAUCAGGCGCGAUUUCCCUGAUCAAGGUCUUGCUCAUGAUGAAGCAUGGCAAAAUUACACCUCAGGCUCAGUUCCAGACACUGAACCCGAACAUUCCUGCCCUCGAGCCUGACCGAAUGGCGAUCUCGACCUCCCUGAAAGAAUGGCGAGAUGAUUUGCGUUUGGCACUGGUGAGCAGUUAUGGUGCCUCGGGUAACAAUGCGGCCACUGUUGUUGCACCUCCACCUCCUCGAUCGUCAUCUUCACCUUCAUUGCUUGAGUCAAACACGGCCAAUGCUUCUGUUUCAAAGUUCCCUAUUUUCAUAUCUGCCGGCUCUAAAUCCAGCCUUUUGGCUUACUUCGCCAAACUGAAGAGUCAGAUAGAUAGAGACGCGUCUACUCCUGAGUUUGUUCGGCACCUGGCUUAUACGCUGGCGAAGAAGCAGAACCGCCAACUCCAACACGUGUUCUCCACGACUGUCACAUCUGGUAAGUACUAUGCUCUCCAUUCCAAUGUUUUAAACUUCCACGGAUUAGCUACUAAAUCUCCAACACAAGUGAACGACCUGCAGACACAGCUGGCUGAUCCCGAGAGCCACAUUACCACGGCCACUCCCAAGCCCAAGUCAAUUGUGUUGCUCUUCAGUGGACAGAACGGCACCGCGGUACCACCUGCUAAGGCUCUGUAUGAGAGCUCUGUGCUCUUCAAAUCAUAUAUCGACGAGUGUGAAGAGGCAAUGAAGUCUCUUGGGCUUCCCAGUCUCUUCCCGGCUGUCCUCGAGGGAGUCCAAGAAAGCGAUGAUCUCGUCCUCCGCCACGCUGCCAUGUUCGCUAUUCAGUACUCGUCCGGUAUGUCGUGGAUUGCUUCAGGAGUGAAGCCCCAGGCAAUUUCUGGCCACUCCUUUGGCGAGUGGGCAGCUCUUACUGUCUCGGGCGCCAUCACACUGAAGGAUGGGCGUGCAUCUCUUAUCGCGAAGCUCUGGGGCGAUGACACCGGGUCCAUGGUGGCCAUCGAGGCCGACUUGGUCGGGACGGGGACGACGCCUGCUCAAAAUAUGCAGCGCUUCAACGAGCAACAUCCUGACGUUAAGCUUGACAUUGCGUGCUACAACGGGCCCAACAACUACGUUGUCGCUGGGCGUACGUCAGACAUCGACUUGCUUGAAGCGCACUUGAUCGAGAGAAAAGCCAGCGGUGAAAAGCUCCGCUUCAAGGUCCUGAGAGGAAUGCAUGCAUACCAUUCAGUCAUGGCUGACCCGAUCGUCGACGAGGCAGCGGUGCUAUCAGCUUCGGUCACAUUCAAGGAUCCCAUCUACCCUUUCGAAUCUUGCCACGAAGACUCCUGGACUGGUCCUGGUCCCAACGUGAUCGCCCGCAAUACUCGAGGGGCAGUGUACUUUGGAAAAGCCAUCUCGCGCAUUGUCGAUCGUCUGGGUUCAUGCACGUUUUUGGAGGCUGGCUUCGGCGGUCCGAUCAUCGCGUUGGCACGGAACGCGAUACCACAAGCACAGGCUCAAGACCAGCACGGCUUCGUACCGAUCAAUGGUAAAGACCCAGUUCGAUCGCUUGCAGAUGCCACGGUGGCGCUGUGGAAGAACGGGCACACGAAUGUCCAGUUCUGGCCCUUCCAUCGGAGCCAAGGCGCAAGCUAUGUGCCCGUACAUCUGCCGCAGUAUCAAUUCGAAAAGCACAAUCACUGGCUUGAUUACACUCCCCUUGGAGGCGCAGGCAAGAAGCAAGGCGGCGAGGCACCACUGUCCGGUUUAUGCCCUCACUGCCAUCAAGACAUCAGUGACUACCCCUACAUAGAGCAGGAUAAGAGCCAGAACCAGAGAGCUGGAGAGUAUGUCUUCAAGGUAGACACACGCAGCAGGCGCUACCAUGAGCUUGUCAAAGGUCACAUUGUUGUGGGUUCCUCAUUAUGUCCAGCAGCGAUAUACCUGGAACUGGCCGCACAUGCAGUCGCUCUGCUGAAUCCCGGGAAGAAUGCGGAAACCACAGUGGAUGCUAUUAAGAUCAACGCGCCUCUUGGUGUAGACUCGAAACGCUCAGUCAGACUCACCUUGGCAAAGAAGACGGGGAGUGCAUGGGACUUCAAGUUGGCUUCCUUUAAAGACAACGAGAAGCCAACCUCACAUGCCACAGGCGUCAUAUCUCUGACCAAUGGCUCCAAGUCUGGCAGUGAAUCGAGCGAUAGACACAUGUGGGAUCGCCUCUCGACGCUUCUGGAUGAUGAUACCGAUACGGAGGCACUGCGAGGUGCAAUGAUAUACAAGGUCUUCUCCAAGAUGGCCACCUAUUCGCCGCCGUAUAAAGGCCUGAAAUACCUCGUUGGCAAGCAAGGCAAGGAGGGCGCAGGUGACAUCCACAUGCCGCCGUCCGACUUGGACGCUUCGGCUAUGACUCCUAACAAGAGUAUCGCGGAUCCAGUGGUUAUGGACAACUUCUUACAAGUGCCGGGCAUAUUUGUGCACUCGCUACGGGACGCAGGCGAAGAAGAGGAGACGAACGGCGAAAUGUCUUACAUUUGCACCGGCAUGGAUUCAGUAGGCCCGCUGAGUGCACUGAAGGGAAGCGCGAGAUACAGAGCAUACACCAGAAUUGUUCACGAGGACAGCAAGGAGACCAUCUUGGAUGUAUUUGGGUUUGACAAGAACACAAGGAAGCUUGUCUGGUCUGCUAGGGGGCUAAAGUUCUCGAGAGUUCCUCGCAUCUCACUGGCCAAGGUGAUUGCGGGAGCCAACCCAGGAACAAGCGUGGAGAUCAAAGAGUCGCCAGUCAAGGCCCCGUCAAGACCAGCUGAAGUUCAAACAUUCACGCCAAAGAGCUCGUAUCAGAGUCCACCAGCUGCUAUCACUGCUGCUCCGAUCGCGCCUAAGAAGCCCAAAGCCAAGAAGAGUGGUCAAAAGUCGGUCUUCGUGCUGGGUGGCGUGCAGCAGCUUCUGAGCAAGUCACUCGACAUUCCUGUUGAGGACAUCAUUGAGAGCGCAACGCUGGAGGAACUUGGUACAGACUCGCUAGUGACUUCAGAAAUCCUCGCGAGUAUCUCUGAUAUAUUCAAGGUGGACAUUUCGAAUGAUGAGUUCACCAAGAUUGUAGAUGUUGCCUCGCUGUGCGCUUUCAUCUCUGCUCGAGUCGGUGGCGGCAGUGAUGAUACUGGUGCUGAGCUCGACAGCAGCGAAGAAGAGGAGGAAUAUCAGCAGCCAGAGCCUGCAUUUGAACCUACAGUCGAGACAGUCAGCAAGCCUUCAUCGGCUUGGCGGGACCCUAUUUUCGCGAUACUCAGCCAUUCCCUCGACGUGCCUAUCGAGGAGAUUCAGAUGGACUCGAAUCUCGAGGAUCUGGGCGCCGACUCCCUUGUCGCAUCGGAAAUCAUCAGUAACUUGAAUGAUGCGUUCAAUGUUGACAUCUCAAACUCGGAAUUCUCUUCGCUGGUCGAUGUGGCAUCCCUGUGCAAGCUCAUCGGGGCCACUCUGGGUGUUGAUUCAGCGCAAACUCCCACUUCCAGUGGAUCUCAUGGGCAGUCAGCCUCCAUCAACGACAUCUCAAUGACUCCGUACACGGGCGCAACCACGCCGGCUGCUGCUGAAAAGUCGACGCUAGAGAGGAGCGGUGGAAGAAUAACCCACACAGCUUUCCAGCAGAUCCGCCGCAACUUUGAUGUUCAUGCCAAGGACACCAAGUUCACGGGAUAUUGGGAUCAGGUAUAUCCUCCUCAGCUGGAAACCGUCGCAGCAUUCAUCACCGAAGGCUUUGCCAAGCUCGGUUGCCUCAUUGAAAACUUUAAGCGAGGAGAGAAACUCCCUGCCCUGCAGGGAACUCUUGCCAAAUACCAUAGAGAAGUUCCGCGGCUCUGGGAUAUCCUAGAGGAGGCUGGUAUCGUCGAGAAAACAAAGGCUGGUGACUACGUGCGUGGCGCAGCGCCCCUGCACGACCCGAAUGUCAAGUCUGCCGUGGAACUCAGCGCCGACCUCAUCGCACGUUUCCCUCAAUACGCAUCAACACACGGUCUGCCUGAUCUUCUCGGGCCACAUUUGGCCGAAUGUCUGUCUGGCAAAGCUGACGCAGUCUCCCUUUUGUUCGGCUCUGACAAGGGGCGCCUCCUUCUCGAAGACUUCUACGCAAACGGUCCCGAUCUGCUGGCUACCACAAGGGUUUUGUGCGACUUCAUCUCAGCCGCUAUCCACUUGCAGGCUUCCGAUGGAGAACCAUUCCGGAUCCUCGAGGUCGGCGCUGGCACAGGUGGCACCACCAAGCAUCUUGUACCGCUGCUCCAAGCCACCGGACUGCCCUUUUCAUACACAUUCACCGAGCUUUCGCCUUCCCUGCUUGCGCGCGCCAAGAAGACAUUUAAGGGCGUUCAAGGCAUGGACUUUAGGAAACUGAACAUCGAAGAGGAGCCCCCGCAGGAGUUGCUAGGAAAGUACCAUGUCGUCGUAUCGAGCAACUGCGUGCACGCAACCCGCAACCUGAAUGUUUGCCUGACUAAUAUCCGCAAGAUGGUGCGACCUGACGACGGGGCCGUGGCACUGGUUGAGCUGGCGCAAAAGCUGGCGUGGUAUGACCUUGUCUGGGGCCUUCUGGACGGAUGGUGGUUGUUCGAUGACGGCCGCUCAUAUGCGCUGCAGAGCCCCUGGGCCUGGGAGAAGGUCAUGAACGACUCUGGAUUUGCACACGUGGACUGGUCUGAGGGCGCAACUAGAGAAUCUAGGGGUGUCCGAGUGGUUUGUGGUAUGGUUGCUGAGCCGGAGAAGCAGUGUUCUGCGAAGGCGACGUCGACGUUGCUUCAUCGUGGUUCACGGGCUUCAGGAGGCCGCAACGUAUUCCUUGCCCCAGAUGGAUUUGGGUCCGGCGCGGUGUUUGGCGCCCUUGGGCCGUUGCUGAGCAGUGCUGAAGAGGUGUCUGUGUAUGCCCUCAACAGUCCCUUCCUCAAGAACAAGCCCGAUGCCCUCAAUGUACCUACUAUCGAGGAGCUUGCCGCCAUCUACGUCGGCGAGAUCAAGCGCCGGCAGCCCGAGGGCCCUUACCUGCUCGGUGGAUAUUCAGUUGGCGGCGUUGUGGCCUAUGAGGCAGCACGACAGCUGCUUGAAGACGGCAAUGAGGUCGAGAAGCUAUUCCUCAUCGAUACCGCGUGUCCCACGUUCGCGAGCACGCUACCUGAUUCCUUGUGCGAAUUCUUGGACAGCAUAGCCCAAGGCAAGAACGGCGAGAGCAGCAGAGGUAAAGUUGUUGAGAACGACCACUUCACGCUAGCAAGACAGCAGGUGGCGGCGUACAAGGUGAGCAAGCUGCCUGGCAGGAAAUUACCACAAGCUGUGCUGGUCUCGGCGAGGGAGGGCGCAGACAAACAGGAUACUGUGCGCAGACCAGAGGUCAAGCCCGAAGAACAGAGAAUCACAGAGUGGUUCUUGGACGACAGGGUCGACGGCGGAUCUUUGGGAUGGGAUGAACUCUUGGGAAGCGUGAGUGUGGUUCGCGCCGACGGCAACCACUUCUCAAUGAUGACUCCCGCAAAGGUCAAUACGUGGGCCUCGACUCUUGCCGACCUGCUUGGGCCUUGAGAGAUUUACUUUUACAACAAUAUUGUUCUUACGAUAAGCAUGUUGAAAUGAUGUUGGGAUUAACACAAGUCUCUCAUAAGUAGAAUAGCGAUUAGCGAUUAGCUAGAUGUCGAAAAUUAAAAGUGUGAUUGAAAGC